AUGUAAGCUCAAUUGACGCCAAAUAUAGAUUGCUUAAGAAAGACAAAAGAAACACCUGUACCGUCGUCAAAAAGGGUUACUAACGUGAACAUGACUGUGGGUUCGCCAGGAAUGUUGCUCACUCUGCUACUGGUAUUGGGUGGCCGGAUUUUGGCGGGGUUGGAGACGCCCCUCGCGGACUCCUAUCGCGCCGCUGUGUACGAGCACAACGUCAGCUUCCCCCGUCAUCGCGACGUCGUCCCCCGCUUGGAAGCGCUGCAGCUGAUGGAGGAAAACCUUGGCAAGUUCGAUGAACAAGCGCGGCAGGCCGCCCAACAGAAAGCAAAGAUCAUCGUGUUUCCAGAGUAUGGCGUGUACGGGCUAGGCUGGACUCGUCAGAAACUCGCGCCUUUCUUGGAAUACAUUCCCGACCCUGCGGGCAAUCCAUGGAACCCAUGUGAUAACCCCAACGGUUUCGUUUCCGCGGUCCAGACAUUGCUUAGUUGCAUUGCGAAAAACAAUUCCAUUUAUGUUGUGGCGAAUAUUGGUUCUCAGCAGCCUUGUAUUUCAACAGACAAGAGCUGUCCCAGCGACCACGUUUAUCAAUUUAAUACUAAUGUAGUGUAUGACCCAAGAGGGAUAUUUAUUGCAAGGUAUUUCAAGUAUAACCUUGACAGUGUAGAAAUGCAAUAUUUUGAUCGUCCCCCAGUUGUAAACCACACCAUAUUUGACACGCCAUUCGGUCGUUUUGCCACGGUUUGUUCUAAUGACAUUCUCUAUAAAGAGCCAACACUCACACUGGUGAAAACAAUGAACAUUACCAACCUCGCGAUGCCGGCUGCCUGGAAAGAGGAACUUCCGCUAAUGUCCGCUAUCGAGUUCCACUCGGCGUUCGCAGAGGGACUUCUCAUCAACGUCUUGGCAGCAAACCUCCACGUCGUUGACCUUGGUUACUAUGGCAGCGGCCUAUACUGGCCAACGGGAACUUCCAUAAACGCCUCGUAUUUUUACGACGACGACCCUUACAGUGAAGGAUCUCUGGUCGUUGAAACAUUAACACCUUCAAUUAUACCAUCCGAUGUUUGGGACCCUCCACAGUUCACAGAAAAUAAGCGUUUUGCUCCUCGCAGAUUAGUAAAUAAUGCAGAGCAAUCAAGCCUCACUCAUAAAAUUAAAAUUAACGGUGAUAUUUACACAGCAAAGGUCUUCAAAUUUGGAGAGGCUUACAGUGCAAAUGUAUGUCAAGGCAGUCUGUGUUGCGAUGCAGAUUUCGAGGGCGGCGCUUCCGGCGACAUGUUUGCAUUUGGGGCAUUUGAAGGAAUGCAUAGCGGCAACAACUCUUACUACCUACAGUCGUGCGCAUUGAUCAAAUGCGCUGGUAGAACUGUUGAAAGUUGUGGACAACCGACCAAACAUACAUCUACGGGGAUAGAUAAGAUGUCGAUGAGCGGGAACUUCUCCUAUCCCUACCAGUUUCCGGAAGUGUUUACGGUGGGGGACCAUCCAGAGAUAGUGACGCAGAUCUGGUACUACCAGGGCUCUGUCAUAAUCGACGUCGGGCUUUAUGGAGAUCUGCUCACUGUAGCCAUUCAGGCCAUAGACUAUAGCCGACAAUAGACAAUACAUAGAAUAUAAAGAAAUCGUUGCAUAUAAUGGCCAUUUUUAUAUAAUGCAAACUGUUACCAAAAAUGUAAAAUGGUCAUGAUUGCAUAAUUUCUUACAAAUUCAAAUGCAAUCCUUUAAUUCGGCGAACAACAAGUGUUCAUGUAUGUCAAAGAAUACUUGAAUUAUAAAAAAAAAUCGUAUCCAGCUCUGACUUCCUGUGAAAUUCACAUAAAUGAACUCAAUGAAAUAAGGAUUUUCGUUGGUCAUUAUAAGCGAACAAUUUUUCCAAAAAAUAAAAUAAGAGGAAAACGCUAACAAAAGUAUACACAUUAGUGUUUUCAUAUUUCAUUGUUUUUGGUGUAGUUCGAUCCUGCUUUGUUUAUCUUCCUUGCGU